UCUUUCGACUCAAUAAUUUCAUACAAAGAGUGUAUAAGUGACUAACAAACACAUCAAUUGUUUGUAUCAUAAGUUUGUAAAUUCAGUACAAUUUGUGGUCCAAACACUGUGUGCUAAAUAUACAGUAUCUGUCAAUGCAUUCAUUCGUUUCAAGUUUUAUUGUAUUUCUCAUCACAACUGAAUUCAAGCCGGAUAUUUCCAAUUAGUGGACCGAAUGCAUGGAAAAUACUAUGAUAUAAGUAAUAAAAUAAUACAAUUAUUGGAGUUAUUUUGUUAGAUAACAUUUCAAAGGCAAUUGUGUAAUAGUGUUAGUGUUUGCGUGUGUUUUAGUAUUGAAUUUAUGCCAUAAUAGCCAUCAUUUGGUAAGCAAUGCCAGUGGAGAUCACCAGCACCAGCACCAGCACCUGCACCUGCCUCUGGUCGUGAAUUAGACAAUAUUACAUAUGUGUUGUGCUAUUCAACACUCUCUACAUAUUAGUCGUGAUCUUUAUUUCUCAAACCAAACAUAUCUUUUGUUGUCUUACUUUUACGGUUUUACCAACAAAUGGGUGGCAAACAAGUGGAUAUCGCAGGUUAAAGACUGCAUUUAGUAAUAACCAACAAAUUGAACAACAGUUGACCAUCAACUUCGACAAUAAAAGUUGGACCCAAACGGUGUCAAACAGUCAUCGAUUGGAAACAAUAAGUUUUCUUCUAUAAUGUCAUUGAAAGCUAUUGAACGCAAACGAAACGGUCUGAAUGUUGUCAACUGUUUCUUCUAUUCAGCACUGGCAUGUUUGGUACCAUACCUGAGCGCUCAUAUGCGUGAAAUUGGUAUCACAAAAGUUCAAUCGGCAUGGAUUACAUCGAUUGUAGCGCUUAUAAGUAUGAUUGGACCGCUAUGUUUGGGACCAAUUGCUUAUAAAUAUAACAAAUAUAAAUCAAUUCUUGUGUUUUGUUUGUUAUUAUCAUUUAUCUCAUAUACGGGACUAUUAUUUGUCCCAAAAGUUAUUAUAACUGAAAGACAACCAAAGAUUUAUUAUGAUUGCACGCAAAGUAUUUUACGUAUAGAGCAGUGCCCUAAUUGGGAGGGACAGUGUCAUACAUAUCCAAAGAGACCGGCCACUAAUUUCUCAAACUUUCAGUUCACAAGCUGUUCCUAUGAAUGUCCAUUUAGUGGUUCAUAUAACUCUUCAUGGAAUCCAAUCAAUGUCUGCUUUAUGGGAACUCCUAACGAUGGAUCUUUAUGUCUAACACUCAGUAGGGAUGGUAUGAGUGCUGAUACUCAGGCAUCACGAAGAACAGAAGGACCCGAUGGACAGACAUCUGAGACAUACGAUGUGAUUCAGUUUGACUCCAGAUUUGAUAGAUGGCCAGUCAUCGAGAGUACUAAAGAUGAUAUUAUUGAUCGUGUAUUUCAUAAUGAACCCACCUGUACAUACCAACCGGCACCUCCAUUACUAUUUAACCAAAAACUUUACCAUAAUGUACAGUGCAAACCAUAUGUUCCCAAUUGUAAUGUCUAUUGUCAUAUAAAUUUACGACAUCGACUGUCCACUCGUGAUAAAGAUGUACAAUUGAGACCUCCGACACCAUGUCUUAUAGAAACAGGAGAUCCAAAACAAACAUUUUACGCAUAUUUAACUAUCAGAUCUUUGGGUGACUUUUCACUAUUCACUGCUUAUACUCUAUUGGAUGCGCUUUCAGUUACAAUGACUAACGAUUUUGAUUCAAUUUAUGGUGGAUUUUCAAAAGUUUGGGCACUAGUAAUACCAAUGAUUGCAUGGCCACCGAUUACAGGACAACUUAUUGACUAUUUUUCUACAAUAGACAGUCCUAACUAUGCCCCAUCUAUUAUUAUAUUUGAUGGUCUGGUAGUGAUUACAGCAUUUCUAGUAUUAAUGAUGCCACUAACGCCUAUCAAUUUGUUAUCUAAGUCAAUAUCGCAACAAAUCGGUAAAACAGCACCAAUAGUACCAACAGAUGAGUCAUAUCCCAGACAACAUACUAAUGGGUCGGCUAUAUGUCGGCUUUUAUUAUUUUUUCCUCUUAUACUAAUCCUCGGCUGUCAAUGGGGUUUAUUGGAGACAUUUUUGCAUCCAUUUUAUAUAAAUAUGAAAACAAACAAACUAUGGAUAGGAUUAACAUUUACGGCCACUUUUGGUGCGGCCGCUCCCUUCACAUUCAUUGCUAAAUCAUUGAUCAAUGGAGUCGGAAGGGCUAACCUUAUAAUACUAGCCUUUGUAUUUUAUAGUCUUCGUUUUGGUGGUGUAUCCUUUUUGUUGUACCCUAAAUGGCUUCUCAUACCUUUUGAAAUGAUGGAAGCAUUUACUCUUCCUUUGGCUUGGAUUGGUAUUACAUCCUAUUGUCAUCAUCUCAUUAAAAGAAGUCCAAACGCCAGUACAUACGCUACGGGAACUAUAUAUCAGGAAUGUUCGUCACAUAUAAUACUUCAGUACACUUUAAACUUAAUACAUUUUGGUGGCGGUCGAGCACUGGGAGCUGUCAUCGGAGGUGUUUGGCUAUUAUCAUGGCCUCAGUAUAGCAAUUGGUGGUAUUGGCUCAAUGAUGUUGACAUAGAUUAUACUGAAGGAUAUACUUAUUUAGAGGAUGGCUUUCGUGUGCUUUUAAGAUUAACGGGCAUAAUGUCCAUAAGUAUAGCACUGGUAGUGGUUAUUAUCUACCACUGCUGUUGUUCAUUAAUACUCUGUAAAACAAAAAAGUCAAAAAAAGUUAAAUCAAUGAAAGAACAGACGCCAGAAGUUAUCUUAAAUGGAAAUUAUUCGCGACUUCUCGAGUCACAGAAAACCACAGAAAAUGUCCAAAUGUUGAAACAAAACCAAAUCAAAACCAAUGGUCUUAAGAGUGAUAUCGACAGAAUCAAAAUGGCCGACGAAGACAUUGAUGAAGAAGAAGAGACUCUUUUGAAUCACAAAUGA